CGGGAAGCUGCCCCGUUCCAAGCUGCCGCUCCCGAAACCGCCUGGAAUCAUAUGCGCGCCGAAGUGGAAGUGGGAUGAAAUGUUGCAUCGAUCAACAUCCGUCCUUUCUUUAUCUUGAGUCGCUACAUUCGAAAACACAAAUACAGUACCACCUUGAGAUCGCGCAGUCAACAUAUCUUAUCCCCGACCAACUCGCCCGAUCCCGGGUCCCCGUGAGCUGCAAUGGCGCCGAUGCAGCCAUCGUCGGCGACUCUCGCUUUGGUGCAUCUGCAGAACUGCCUUGUCAACCUGCCGCCGUCGAUAGCCACGAUCCUCUCCAAUAUUAACAAACCUGCCCAAAAUGUCGUCGUCGAACUCCGUUACCGCGCCCGUUCCAGUCCCCCUGGUAGCAACUCCGAUCCGGCGAACACCUCAUCGAUGAAGCACGUGUACCUUGGAUGGUCCGGCAUGCCGAGCAAACUACGGAGAGCCGCCCCGGUCGUUGGGAGGGACGGCAUCGGCGGAUCCCGCGACGGACGCGAUCCGGAGUUCAUCGAGAUGGAUACCACACUCGGCGCAACCUUGGGACUCGCCGAGGGCCAGAAAAUCACGAUAACUGUGCAUUUCGACCCGCCCCUGGUCCACACCGUCAACAUAGAGCCCCUGACGCCUGACGACUGGGAGAUGAUCGAGCUACACGGAACCUUUUUGGAGGACAACCUGCUCUUCCAGAUCCGCGCCGUCCCUAAUCCCGUGCAUGCCAUAGAGUCUCGCGCUCCCACCCGCUACAUGCACCCCUUGACGCUCCAUCUGUCACCUACAUCCACCGCCAACAUCAAGGUCCUAUCGCUCGAGCCUGCUCUUCCCGCCAAUGCACCGUUCGCCAAAAUCGCUCCGGACGCCGAGGUCAUCGUGGCGCCCAAGACGAGGCAGAAGCAGCGAAGCAGCAAAGACGACAGGAGUGUGGGCAGCGCGUCUCGGAGAAGUGGCAAGAGCUCAACAACCACGGCUAGGAGGAAGAGCGCCCGAGAGGAGAAGAAGCUAGUCUUGUUCUUUCGCGGUAUCGACCGUGCCAACUGCCAAGACUUGUUCGACGAGCCCCCGCCCGAGGCUCUCAAUGUCUGGAUCGAUCGUGAUCUUCUCUCCGCCGGAGACCUGAAGGGGUUGGGCUGGGUGUCGGUCAGCGUUGUACGGCCUGCCGGUCUUCAACAGCCACUUGAUUCGGCAAACCAGCCGCAAGAACCAGACCCUGCAGCGAAAGCGUCCACCAAGAUCGUCGCCGCCCUUCUGCCGUGGGAUGACCCUCCCAAUGGGCAAACAACAGCCCUCUCAUCGCCUCUGUGCGCUGCGCUUGGCUGCGAAGGCAUGGUUGGUGGUGUGGUCAAAAUUGAGCCCGCUCCGGUUCCGACCCCCCGGAGGACCACCGACCACGACGGCAUUCCCCGCGACUCGGUGCAAAAGCUCAAGAUAUACCCUUUUCAGUCGUUGAAGCCCACCCAAACCUCAGGUCUGAAGUUCGGUGGCCAAUCCAAGGCCGAAAAAGAGGAGGCAGCAACCCAGGUAAAGCAUAUCUACGGGCCAAACGGAAACGGACUACUGCAGGGUCCCCUCACAGAUGGCCAGGUCCUUGGAGUACACCACGGUUUGAACUGCCCUCGUGGGUGGGAAGGGGCUAUUGUGAAGUUCGAACCUUCUUCGGCGCCACAAGGACAGGGGAAGAAGCCCAUGAGCUGGAUCUUUGGUGCUGACUGGAAGUUGCCCCUUGUGGUCGAACCUCCGGUCCCGAUGCCUUCGUGGCUCACAGAUUUCGAGGCUGGCCAGCUGGGCUCGUCCGAUACCCUUCUGGUUGGCAUCGACUCACUGCUGGAGAAGCUCAAGUCGCACCUCUCGCAUAUGUCAUCCGUCCUCCUGACCGGCGGCCAGGGAUCCGGCAAGACGUCCGUCGCACAAACGGUCGUGCGUGCAAUGCGCGCUUCCCAACUUUACUAUGCGGAUUACUUCCCUUGUACUAAGCUCGUCAAUGACGAAAGCAGGGUGUCCACCAUCAAGGAGACGCUGAAUCGCCUGUUCAUGGCUGCCAGCUGGGGCGCCAGGCUGGGCGGAAAAGCAAUCGUUAUUCUCGACGACCUCGACCGCCUCUGCCCGGCCGAGACUGAGCUCCAGGUGGGGAACGAGAACGGCCGGAGCCGCCAGAUCAGCGAGGCUAUCUGCUCUAUGGUUAGGCAGUACUGCGGCAGGGACAGUAAUGUGGUCCUGCUCGCCACCUGCCAGGGCAAGGAUUCGCUGCACAACGUCCUCGUGGGCGGCCACAUUGUCCGUGAGAUCGUUGACCUGAGUGCCCCUGAUAAGGAAACUAGGCGGCGCGUCAUGGAGGCCCUCACUAAGCAGGGCUCUGUUUCCCCGGAGGAAGUCGAGCCCGAGGUUGAAGACCGCAGCCGCCCGACGACCGCAGAUGGUAGUACCACAGACGGUGAUGGAGGGGGGUGGAUGGACGGCCCAACCCGUACGACCGAGGAAGUGCCCAAGGAUAAGCCCAGCGGCUUCAUCCUUGACCAGGACCUUGACUUCCUCGAAAUUGCCGGCCAAACUGACGGCUACAUGCCAGGCGAUCUGAUCCUGCUCAUCUCGAGAGCCCGCAAUGAGGCCCUGAGCCGGAAUGUUGGCGAGUCGUCGAACCCCGACGCGACCACCAUCCACCUGAGCCGUGCCGAUUUCGACAGCGCCCUCAAGGGGUUUACACCAGCCUCGCUGCGCAACGUCACGCUCCAAAGCUCAACCACCACCUUCUCCUCUAUCGGCGGGCUGACAGAGACCCGUCAAGUUCUCCUCGAGACACUCCAAUACCCAACCAAGUACGCCCCCAUCUUUGCGCAAUGCCCUCUCCGCCUCCGCUCUGGCCUCCUCCUGUACGGUUACCCCGGAUGCGGAAAAACCCUCCUCGCCAGCGCUGUGGCUGGGGAGUGCGGCCUGAACUUCAUCAGCGUCAAGGGCCCCGAGAUCCUCAACAAGUACAUUGGUGCCUCGGAAAAGAGCGUCCGUGACCUCUUCGAGCGCGCGUCUGCCGCCAAACCCUGUGUCCUCUUCUUCGACGAGUUCGACUCCAUCGCCCCCAAGCGCGGCCACGACUCCACAGGUGUCACCGACCGCGUCGUCAACCAGCUGCUGACGCAAAUGGACGGCGCCGAGGGGCUCUCGGGCGUGUACGUCCUGGCCGCGACCUCUCGCCCAGACCUGAUCGACCCUGCGCUGCUCAGACCGGGCCGUCUCGACAAGUCUCUGCUUUGUGACUUCCCCACGCUAGAAGACCGCCUCGACAUCAUCCGGGCGCUCGCCCAGAAAGUCAAAGUCGCCGACGAAGUCUGGAAUUCAGACGAGGAACUGCUCGAGCUGGGCCGCAGGACCGAAGGCUUUUCCGGUGCCGACCUUCAGGCGCUGGUGUCCAACGCCCAGCUCGAGGCCAUCCACGACGUGCUGAACGAUCGCGAACAGCCUGCCGCCGCCGCUAAUACCCGGCGCGGCGCGGCUAAAAAGGCCACGGCCUCAUCGGCGAGGAACUUUGUCCAGUUCCGCUAUGGCGAGGACGGCAGCUCGCCAGAUGGCAACGCUGCCGCGGCACCCCGUACCCGUGCGACGCAGCUUGCCGAGCAGGCGGCCAUAGCCAGCAAGCUGGAGGGCAUCAAGCUGGCACGGAAGCGCGCGAAGCAGUUUUCCAAGGGCCCUGCCAACCCCGCCGGCGGGAAUGUUAAUGGCGUUAAUGGCGACGUUGCAGACGCCGGUGGUAACGCCGAGGUAGUGCUUCGCUGGGAGCACCUCUCCAAGGCACUUGAGGCGACCCGGGCGAGUAUCAGUAGCGAUGAGCGGGCGCGGUUGGAGAGGAUCUAUCGGGAGUUUGUGGUGGGGCGGAGCGGGGAUAUGAAGGACGGCCAAGGGAGUAUGGAGGUUGGGGGGAGAAGCAGUCUCAUGUAGGGGAUGUAUGUUAUAGUCAG